GCAUGUUAAAGUCACUUCCCUUGUGAUUACCCUAAUUUGAAAACUUUAAUGGCAACUUAACUUAUGUUGCAGUAUAAAAGCUUUCUCCUAACCAAAAGAAGCAAAAAAUAAUCAAGCAAAUGGCAAGUUUCAAUGUUAUGCUACUAGUUUUGGAGUUUUGGUUAUUAUGGCAAGUGGAGAAGUGGCUCUUGAUGUAUGAUCCAAUCAAAGUAAAUAAUUAUGAAGCCAGAUGACAUUGCAUUCAAGAUUCGUUGCCUAGCAUUGCUGCCAUGAACUUAUCAAAUUUGUCAAUUUUGCCAUGAUGCAUAUGAUGACUUGCAGUAUUUAUUUACUGCCGGAAGCAGAUGGCUUAAGGGGAGAGAGUCUAAAACUCAGAAAUUCUAAUAGGUAUUGUACCUUAGAAAUAAGGGAAUCCAAAUCCCACAUAUGCCAUGUAAUUUAUGUUAUUUUUUAGUAUUUUUGUCUUGACAAUUUUUUAGAAAAUUAAAGCAAAAGUUGAAAAGUGAAAUCAUAUUCGAUCAAAAUAAAUGGAAAAUUAAAAUGUGUUCGGUCAAGUAUGCCAUGACGCAAUGGUGAAGAAAAGAGCUCUUCAAAAUUCUAAAUACAACUAUAAUUUUAUCAAAGAGUGCUCAAAAAUGGAAUAAGUGGUCUUUAGUUAGCAAUAUCUCACCAAGUCCUUCUCCUUGCGAAGAAUGAUGAUUAUUCAUUGAAGCUUCCCCUGUAUUUACGUUCAAGUGCAAACUAAAAGCUCUAAAAUUCAUAUACUAUUCUCCUUCCACAAUUUAAUUGUUCAAAAUGGGACUUGCACACCACAAAAAUAACGCAAAACAACAAUGUUUGAAAACAGAAAAGAACUUGACUCUCUUAGUUAUCACUUAAUUUUCACCCAUAGCAAUUUACCAUUCUUUCCUCGCGGAUUCUUCCUUGAAAGAACAUCAUAACAGAUCUUUGACCCAAGAGACCAUCACCAGGCGCUUUCAUAGGUAUUAUAGAGAUUUGUUUAAAAAAGGGUUAGGUCAAGUGAAAUUGUCGAGAAAUGUUUGUUUUCCCUAUUUCCCUUGGAAACUAGACUCUUUUGGUCGUUGUCUAGCGUCUACUUUACGCAAUUGCUAUUUUCCUUUAUAAACAUUAGUAAACAUAACAGCUAAUUCCCCUCAUCUUCUUUGAAUCUUCCUGGAAGGAGCCUCAUAGCAUAUCUAUGAUCCAAAAGACCACCACUAGGCGCUUUCACAGUUAUCAUAUAUAGAUGCAAUCGAAAUAACAGUUGGGCAGCGUAAAAAGAAAUUGUCGACAGAUGUUUUAUUCUUUCCUUGGAAAUUGAUCCGUUGUUCUCUUGCUUCAUGCUCAAACUUGACGGUGUUUUUAGUUUCUGAUAAAUAGAAGCAAAGGGAACUGUCUCAAACACCAGCUUGAGAUAUCUUCCUCUUGCACCUCCUCCUUAUGUCGUCGUUACCAUCAUCAUCAUCAUCUUCUUCUUCUCGACAGAAAUAUGAUGUUUUCUUGAGUUUUAGAGGUGAAGAUACCCGCAAAAACUUCACUGAUCAUCUAUAUGCUGCUUUAAAAAAGAAUGGAAUCGAGACUUUCAGGGAUGAUCCAAGGCUUGAGGCCGGAGAAGAAAUCGCACCAGAACUCUUGAAAGCAAUUCAAGAAUCAUGGUGUUCACUAAUCGUUUUCUCAAAAACGUAUGCUUUUUCAAGUUGGUGCUUGGACGAGCUUGCUGAGAUUGUUGAACAGAGAGAAAAGAGGAGGCAUAAAAUUUUCCCAAUUUUUUAUGAUGUGGAUCCAUCUGAUUUGAGAAAACAAACAGGAAGAGUUGCUGAAGCCUUUUCCAAACAUGAAGAGAGAUACAAGGGAACUAAAGACAAGAUCCAAAGAUGGCGAACUGCUUUAACUGAAGUGGCUAAUAUCAAAGGAUGGCAUUUAAACAACAGACAUGAAUCAGAAUUUAUUGGAGAUAUUGUUAAAAAGAUAUCAGCAAAAUUAUGUCAAACAUAUCCGAUUGGCCAUGAUGAGUUUAUUGGAAUUAAUUCACGGUUGGAAAAGUUGCAUUUGAAAAUAGACAUUGGUGAAGAUGAUGUCCGCAUUAUUGGAAUUUGUGGUAUGGGCGGCAUUGGUAAAACUACUUUUGCAAAAGUUGUUUAUUCUCAAAUGUCACCUCAUUUUGAAGGUAAAAGCUUUCUUGCUGAUGUUCGAGAAGUUUCAGAGAAAUGUGGACUUGUUUCUUUGCAGAAACAACUUCUUUCUCAGAUAUUGCCAGAAGAAGGUUUUAAUCUAUUCAAUGUUCAUGAAGGGAAUGCCAUGAUUAGUCGCAGGCUAUCUCACAAGAAGGUUCUUGUUGUUAUUGAUGAUGUUGAUAACUUUCAACACUUAAAAUGCUUGGUUGGGAGGCGAGAUUGGUUUGGUUUAGGGAGCAGAAUCAUUGUAACAACAAGAGAUGAACAUUUGCUCCAAUCCUAUGGAAUGGAUGAUGUGUAUAAGCCUCCAACAUUGGAUGAUGAUGAAGCACUUCAUCUUCUCAAUUUGAAAGCUUUCAAGAGUGAUACAGUGCCAGAGAAUGAUUUCAUUGAGCUUUCUAAACAAGUUGUAGCAUACGCUGGUGGUCUUCCCCUAGCUCUUGAAGUUAUCGGUUGUUUUUUGUGCGGUAGAGAUGCAGCUCAAUGGAGAAGUGCAAUUGAAAGACUUCAAAGAGAUUUUGACAAGGAAAUUCAUGACAGACUUCUAAUAAGCUUUGAUGGAUUAGAAGAAACAGAGAAGAACAUUUUUCUAGAUAUUGCAUGCUUCUUUAAAGGGGGUGAGAAAGAUUUUGUAACUAACAUACUAGAUGGUUGUGGUUUCUUCGCAGAAAUUGGAAUAAAUCGUCUCAUUGAGAAGUCUCUCAUAAAAGUUUGGGGCAAAUUUUUGUGGAUGCAUGAUUUGCUACAAGAGAUGGGAAGAAAAAUUGUUCGACAAAAAUCACUUGAUGAACCUGGAAAACGUUGUAGAUUGUGGGAGGAAAAUGAUGUUUAUCAUGUUUUAACAAAAAAUACGGCUACCGACGCAAUUGAGGGCAUGAUCAUCGACAAUAAAGGGGAACAGAACAACAUGUUCACUUUGAAUGCUGAUGCCUUCUUGAAUAUGAAAAAAUUAAGAUUGCUCAAAGUCUUUUAUCUCCCAGUUACUCGAGAUCUCAAAUAUCUUUCAAAUGAGUUACGGCUUUUAGAUUGGAGUGGAUAUCCUUUCAGAUCAUUGCCAUCAAGCUUCCAACCAGACAACCUUGUUGCACUUCUCCUACCUUAUAGCCACAUUGAACAACUAUGGAUGGGAGACAGAACUUUACCUAAAUUGAAAUUAGUCAACCUCCAAGGCUCCAAAAACCUGAUCAAAACGCUAGACUUCACAAGGGCUCGAUAUCUCGAAAGUUUGAUUUUGGAAGGUUGUUCCAGAAUAGUAGAACUUCCCUCUUCAAUUGGACAUCUCAGCAAUCUUGUUUUGUUAAAUCUGAAAGAUUGCAGUAACCUCGUGAAUCUCCCAAGCAGCAUAAAUGGGUUGAAAUGUCUUAAAACUCUUAAUCUCUCUGGCUGUUCUAAAGUUGAAACUUUACCAGAGAAUUUGCAGCAUGUAGAAUUUUUGGAGGAGCUUGAUUUAAGUAAAACUGCCAUAAGAAAACCUCCAUCCUUCAUUUUUCAAUUUAAAAGUCUGAAAGUUCUUUCUUUCAAUGGAUGCAAGGGACCGCCAUCAAAAGUACGACUGAAUUUGCCUUCUCUUUUCAAUGUAUUGCAAAGAAGAAGUUCGGAUUCCAUGGCUCUGAUGUUACCUUCUUUGUCAGGUUUGAGUUCUAUAACAAACCUGAAUCUAAGUGACUGCAAUCUUGGGGAAGGAGCUAUUCCUAGUGAUAUUGGGUGCUUAUCCUCUUUGAAGGUACUUGAUCUUAGUGGUAACCAUUUCGUCUACCUACCUGCAACUCUUAAUCGACUUUCCAAGCUUCAUCUUCUUAGAUUGUCAGAUUGCCGGGAGCUUAAAUCUUUGCCUGAGCUUCUUCUAACAGAUAUAUAUCCAACAGGAGAACCGAAUUCAACAAUUUGGGGAUAUAUUGCUGGUUUUAACUGCUACAAAUUGGCUAAGAAAAACAAUACUUUAACAAUGCUAAAAAAUCACCUUAAGGUAUCUAAUAAAGCAGGACGAUUAUUCGAUAUUUUUAUUACUGGAAGUGAAAUCCCAGAAUGGUUCUGCCAUCAGAGGGAUGAAUCUUCAAUAAAGAUACCACUGCCUCCUAAUAUUGGACAUGAUAAUCAGUUGAUGGGAGUUGCUUUCUGCUGCGUUUUUGUCUUUGCCUCCACCGAUGAUGAUGAUCGUUCGAAGUGCAUCUUCUGUAAAGCUGUUAUCCAUGGUAGAAAUAUUUUGGAUUUGAAUGAUAGUGGCUAUGGUUUUGACAGAGAAGACAGGUUGUCUUUGGACAUGGAGCACCUUUGGCUACGUUAUUAUUCUCGUGACAUGAUAUUUCCGUUAUUGAGUUCGUCUAGUACAGAUUGGGCAAAUCAAGAAUGCAAUGAAAUUGAGUUCUCAACGAGAGCCAGUCCAGGGCAAGUGAAGAAGUGUGGUGUUCAAAUAAUGUAUGAGAAAGAUUUGGAAGAGAUGGAAGAACUACAAGAGGAACACAACAGUCCAUCAAAUUCUGCAGAUCUUGACGAUAUCCAUUAAAACGUUGGUGGUGAUGAAGGGUCAGCAGGGAACGGGGUUGUCCUUGUAAAACGAAAACGUAAAAUCUACGAGGAGGAAGGAGGACCAAUUGACGAGAGUGACAGCCUUGAAGAAAGACCACAACCAAAACGUCUGGAAAAAAUUUUAAACUUUAUAGUGGGGAAGAAACUUUCUGGUAAACUUCUAAAUACUAAUCGCUAGACUUGAAUGAAUCCUUUCAUUUAUUUACAUGCUAAUCAAUAAAAUACGAGGAUUUCA